AUGAGUAUUUAUAGCGCGAGAAAAACAUUUGAGACACUCGAUCCUGUUUACGAUACUGAUAUUCAUAGUUUUUUAAAAAAUGAAAAAGAAAAUGCUAUUCUCUCAAUUAUCCAAGAUGUCAAUAAGACUUCUUACGAAAAUGCUCAAGCUCAAAAGUGGGAUCACAUUUUUAAUGAAUGGAAAGUGGAAAAGAUCAAGCUAAUGAAUGCACUCAUAGGACCAUCUCAAAAUUGGAUUGAUUUCCGUAAAGGACCUGAACAGACAAUUCUCAAUGAAACAUCUCAAGGAUCCAUAAAAUCUUUACUCGACUCAGUUCAAAUGGCUUAUGGUCGAGAAGUGUCGGAAUAUAAUCGUUACGAUAAAGCAAUGAGACCAUCACUUGUCGAGAAAUUCACCAAUGUUGCUCAAAUGUUCAAUGACAAAAAGAUUCUAGAAAUGUGGGAAAUAAUCAAGUACAUGUCAAACAUCAGACCAAUUCCUAAGAAUCAAGAUCCAGUCAAACAUCGCUUUCAAUCGGAAUUCGUUGAACAAGCUAAGAAAUAUUUAGAGAAACAAUACAGAAUUUUCAUGCAGACUGUAAUAUCAGAACAUCUUCGUGAAUCGCAACGUGGUGGUGAUCCCAGUAACUACAAACUUGUCGAGUCAUUUGUUGCUCUUCGAUUCCGGAAUCCAAAUGAUCUUAUUGGAUUGCAAGAUCGUCGUGAAGAGAAUGGGAAGACAAUUUGGCCUUGGGCGAUGGCAUAUUUCUGCAUGCGAUGUGGUGACAACAAAUCAGCAUUAAAAUGCUUAAGCAAUGCUGUUCCUGAUCAGAAAGAAAUUAUUACAGCUCUUGAGGAAAUGUUGAAGAAUCCUGAUGGGAAAAUGAACUCGAAAGUUAAGUCACAAAUUAAAAUGCAGUAUAAGCAACAGAAAAUAAGAAUGUCUGAUCCUUACAAACGCGCUGUUUUCUCUAUUUUGGGAUCAUGUAAUGAACAACAUCCAGAACUGACUCAAACAUCAGAUGAUUAUUUAUGGAUUCAAUUAUAUUUGAUUUCAAAUGUUUCAAAUGAUUCAACUGACAAAUUGACACUUCCAUCGUUGCAAACUCUAAUUCUUGAACAAUAUGGAGAGAAGCAUUACAAUGCAAACGAGCAACCUCAUUUAUACUUUCAAGUUCUCGUACUUACAGGACAAUUUGAGGCGGCUAUAGAAUUUUUAACACGCUUUGAACGGGUUCGGACUCAUGCUGUUCAUUUUGCUUUAGCUUUUAAUGAACUGCAUUUGAUAAGUGGACCUAGAAAUAUUCAAGAACCGCUCUUGUCGGUCGAUAUUGAAGAUCCAAAGCCAGUUCGCCGCUUGAACCUCGCUCGACUUGUAAUGUUGUAUGUUACAAAGUUUGAAACAAGUGAUCCAGCUGAAGCACUUCAGUAUUACUACUUUCUUCGUCAUCUUACUGAUUCUGACGGCAAAAACUUGUUCUUGUCUUGUGUCACUGACUUGGUCAUUGAAAAUCUGAACUACGAGUUGAUUUUUGGAAAAAUGCAACUUAAUGGAAUUCGUUCUCGUGGUUUGAUUGAUCAAUUUGAUGGAAUAUUCAAUAUUCAAUCAGCCUGCAACUCAAUUGCUGAUGAAUUUGUUAAAAAAGGAUUGUUUGAAGACGCUAUUCGAAUGUAUGAUUUAGCUGGGAAUCAAGAACAAGCGCUUCGUUAUAUCAUCACCAUGCUUUCGCAAGUUGUUCAUCAACAAAAUAAACAAGGAUCAAUAAAGGAACGUCUUCAAAUAUUGACAAAUGAGAUCAGUGAACGUUAUCGAUCAACAGAAAUUACUUGUUCACCACAAGUUCUUAAGACUUUCAACAUUUUUAAAAGUUUGUUGAUGUUCUUUGAAUGUUAUCAUGAUCAGAAAUAUGAAGAAGCACUCGAAAUUUUGGGAGAGACGAAGCUUGUUCCAUUAAGCAUGAAUGACUUGGAACUUUGUGUUCAAAACUUUAAAAAAAUUGGUGGAGAAGUUUGUAAAAUUCUUCCAGAUCNCUCAAUUGCUGAUGAAUUUGUUAAAAAAGGAUUGUUUGAAGACGCUAUUCGAAUAAUUGGUGGAGAAGUUUGUAAAAUUCUUCCAGAUCUUCUUCUUGCUGCCAUGGAAAUAAUUUACAAGAAAUACGUCAGUUUUAAGAAUCGCGAUUCACCAAAAUUCGGCGAUGGCAAUGCCAAUGAUAAGUUAAGAUUCUUGAGAGAACAAGCUAAAGCCAUCACUGUAAUGGCAGCAACGGUUCCUUACCGAAUGCCUGGAGACACAAAUGCUCGGUUGAUUCAAACAGAAAUUCUUAUGCAUUAAAUUGAUGUUUGAUUUAAUUAAUAAACUUCAAAAAAAAUGUAAUUUUGGUUUUUGUUAUUUUUAUUUGAUCUAAUCCGAAGGUUAUUCAAAAUUAUUCCUAGGUCAUUGAAAAACUGAGAUAAACGUUCAGGAUAUUUUAAAUUCUAUUGUUAUCAAUGUUUAUGCAUAAGAUGAUGAUCUUUUAAAUUGAAUAAAAACUUUGGUUAUUGUUGCA